AUGUUGCUGGGCCGUCAUCACCGCCGCCCCUCAACUCCACCUCACACCACCACCACCACCACCAAUUCCGACGACCACUCCGACUCCGACGACACUUUCUUCGUGCCUCGGCCGCAGAAACGACCGCCGUGUGACAAACGACGAUUUUUGACGAGAACCAGCGCGCCUGUUCUUCCAUCCACGACUCCUCCGCGACCCUAUGGCGACGUGGGCUUUGGAGACAGUGCAACCUCGCGAAAUCCAAGUCCCAGAGUCGUUAAAAGCGACAGAAACGAAAAAAUCGGUACCCUGAGGACCAAUCUACGAGCUCUUGACGACGAGUUCUGCGAUGUGAACCUUGGAACCAACACGGCGUCCUUGCGAAAUCCGAACUUCAGUGGUGACCCGAACAAGGAAAUUACCGAGAAAACUUACAGCGACAGUGACCCAAACCGUAACACCGAUACUAGAACGAAAUCAAGUCUCUACAACGACGAAUUCUGCGACGUGAGCCUCGAAAACGCCGAGGUGCGGAAUGCGAACCCAAACCCAAACAAAACCACCAGCAACACCAACAACGUGAGAAAGAACCUUCGCCAGAUAGCCAGCAAGAUCCGGGUGGGCCCAAAACUCGCCCAGGGGAACACCACAAGAUCGAACCCCACUUCAGACCCCGGGGGCGAGGAUUCCAGCAGCCAAGUCGACCUUCCACCCUUCGCAGCGUUCUCAGACCCCAGUGGGAGGGUGUCUGAUGCCCCGGGGGUCCUGCCAAAGGGGUCUCAAUGCCUACAAGAAGGAAACCAUGGCCUGAAACCCUCUCAGCAGCCCCCUUGCAGUUCAGACCCAAGGGAUGAGGACAUGGGGGUGCUGUCUAAGAGGAUUCUAGCCCCCAGGGAGGAUUGUCAGGCCCCCCAGCAGCCUCCCUGUGGUAUCGUCGCCCCCCCGGUUGGUUAUAGUGGUCUGUCGAGUCUUAUGUACGAGGCUGAUGACACGACAUUCGCUGAUUCUGACACGGCCACGGCGGGCAGCGACUCCGGUGUGCUGUGUGCCUCGAGCAGAAGACGGCGAACCAGUAGCAGCGUGGAGGAGAAGAGGGAGGAAAGAGGAGGAGAAGAAGGAGGAGGAGGAGGAGGCAUAGGAGGAAGAGUAAGGGAGAGAAUAGCCACAUGGAUGGAAGAAAGGGAGAACAACGAAGGAAGAGGAGGAGGAAGAGGAGGAGGAGGAGGAAGUCACGAACCAAGUCGACGAAAGCCAUCUCUAGUCGACGGUUUGCUGCUGUCCAUCUACCGCCACCACCAAAGGAAUCGAAGCAGCUCUAUAGGGGAAUCCGACACCCUUACGGAGCAUUCUACCACCUCUGAGCCCCCCUUCCCGCCCCCCCCAGCCGCCUCGAGGUACCACAGGGGAAGGGCGUAUGGGUGCUCUUCCUCCUCCUCCUCCUUCGUCUCUCCUCCUCCUCCUCCUCCGUGUUGCUCCUCCUCCUCCAGGGUUGUCUUGAGGAAGUUCCGUCUGCUUAGUAAAGACGUGGCCGAGCUCCGCCUGCUGGUGUCGUCCCUGCAGGCGUCGCUGAGUGGCCAGUGCGCCCUCCUGGUCCGGGAACUGAAAAAGAGGGACAAGCUUCGCCACCGCCGGGACCACCGCAACGACCUCAUCACGGCUGUCCUGCACGCGCUGUCCCUCAAGCGGAGUGAGUGUUGAGUUCUCUUUGUUGACCUUCUGGGUGCACGCUGGCGCCUGUGUUACAAGCUCUCCCUUACACCCUUGGCCGCUUCUUGACUAACUCUUCCCCAU